AGAGGGUCUGAGAGUGUUGCAGUACUUACAGACACGGUCCGGGCAGGGUUGUGGGGUGUCCGGUGUAAUUGUGGGCGGCACGCAAGACACCAUCAGCCAAAGGCUCUAUGGCAACGUUGAACACAGCUGUCUGCUUCUCUCUUUUACCCAUGUGAAUUCACCAAUCAGGAAACGUUUGUUCUUUGUAAUUAAGUUUUACCUUGUGAGAGCGCGAAGAGCUGUCCACCCUGCUUGCGUGAGUGACUGGAUGCGCCGGAGAGAUGUGGAGGUUUACAAACAUCAUAGCUUGCAUUGUCCUCGUGCUGUUCAAAGAUGCCACUUCUCAAAACAAGAUCUUUGGUGAGACGGAGCCGGUGCGAAUGACGUCGGAGGGGUCGGACUGCCGCUGCAAGUGCAUCAUGCGGCCGCUGAGCCGCGACGCCUGCGCCCGUCUGCGCAGCGGCAGCGUCCGCGUGGAGGACUUCUACACCGUGGAGACGGUCAGCUCCGGCUCCGACUGCAAGUGCUCCUGCACCGCGCCCCCCUCCUCCCUCAACCCCUGCGAGAACGAGUGGAAGAUGGAGAAGCUGAAGAAGCAGGCCCCGGAGCUGCUGAAGCUGCAGUCUAUGGUGGAUCUCCUGGAGGGGACGCUGUACAGCAUGGACCUUAUGAAGGUCCACUCCUACAUCAACAAGGUCGUCUCUCAGAUGAACAACUUGGAGGAGACCAUCAAGACCAAUCUGACGCGAGAGAACGACUUUGUGAGGGACAGUGUGAUCACCCUGUCCAACCAGUUAAAGCGCUACGAGAACUAUUCUGACAUCAUGGUGGGCAUAAAGAAGGAGAUCUCCAGCCUGAGCCUGCAGCUACUACAGAAGGACGCACCCGAGAACAAAGCCCAGCAAACUGCUGGAGAAAAAACCAAAGAUGCCAGCAAGUACCCCGCCAAAAAGGCGCCUGCGUCCAAACCGCCCCCAAAGCCCCCCAAGGAGAAGGUAGUGAAGCCCAAGAAAGAGCCGCUGAAGCAAGCGAAGCCGGCCAAGCCCGACCCCACAGCCAAGGCCAAACCAGCCGGACACCAGCCUGGGGUCAUCCGGGGAAUCACCUACUACAAGGCGGCCAAGCUGGACGACGCUGAGCACGGAGGAGGCAGUAAAGAGAACGCAGGCAAAGCUCAGGCGGCUCAGGAAGCCAAAGAGGACGCCGCAGAGGACGCCAGCUCCGAAGUCAUCUUGGACGCCACAGAGGUCCCCACAACGCCGCCAACAACAACCACACCCAGGACCACAACUACUACUGCAUCCACCACAACCACAGCCACCACCACCACUACGACUGCAGCCAGUCGAGAGGCGCCAGCACCAACCAUUGUGCUGGUGCUGGACAAUUCUGACAACAGCAGCCGGUCCAUUCCCAACAAAUCAGUGAAAGAUGUGGACUGUGAAGGGACCAUAGCUUCAGUGGAACAUCCAGAGAAACAGCACAGCUAUGGACGCAAUGAGGGAGCCUGGAUGAAGGACCCUGUCGCCAGGGAUUCCAAAAUCUAUGUUACCAACUAUUACUACGGCAACAACUUGGUGGAGUUUCGGAACCUGGAGAAUUUCAAGCAAGGGCGAUGGAGCAACCUGUACAAGCUUCCGUACAACUGGAUUGGCACGGGUCACGUGGUAUACAACGGUGCCUUCUACUACAACCGGGCCUUCACCAAGAACAUCAUCAAGUAUGACCUGAAGAUGCGCUACGUGGCGGCCUGGACCCUCCUGCACGAUGUGGUCUACGAGGACACCACCCCCUGGAAGUGGAGGGGCCACUCGGACAUCGACUUCGCCGUGGACGAGACCGGCCUCUGGGUCAUCUACCCGGCGGCGGACUACGACUACUCCCAGCAGGAGGUGAUCGUCAUCAGCAAACUGGACCCCGGCGACCUGUCGGUGAAGAAAGAGACCACCUGGAAGACAGGACUGAAGCGCAACUCAUACGGCAACUGCUUCAUCGUCUGCGGCGUGCUGUACGCCAUCGACGUCUACAACCAGAAGGAGGGCGAGGUGUCGUACGCCUACGACACUCACACCAACACGGAGGCCACACCGCACCUGCCCUUCAUCAACCAGUACGCCUUCACCACGCAAAUUGACUACAACCCCAAAGAGAAGGUGCUCUACGCCUGGGACAAUGGGCACCAGCUUACGUACAACAUCAACUUUGUGGAGCAGUGAACAAUGUGGGGGUAAUCUGUGCACCUCAAUUAACUCCAUCCUAUCACCAAGCACUUUUUUAUUUUUAUAUUUUGUCAUUUUUAAAGCUUGUUGAUACUAUGCGUUUGCUUGUUUUUGUGACUUUCUUCUGUUUCAGUUGACCACGUUAUUGCCAGUGUUUGUUUCCUAAACAAGUGUUUGUAAAAGAAGAAGUGAUGCUUCUUCGAAACGAUAUAAACACAAUCUUUUCGUUUUUUUUUCACAACUGUUUUUGUAUUUUUAUAUUUAACCCCUGGAUUCAAUCAAAGUUUUGAUGGUGACUUUGACUCAGAAUUAAACAGUUCUGUCGUCAACAAAAUCAUUGCAAAUAUGUGUGUUUCUAUGGAUAAAGAAGCCUGCAUAUGUUUGUGAGUCAAAGUUGAAUCCAGGGAUAAGGGAACAAUUCAAACUGCAGCACUCAGCUGCAGCCAAAGGUUUUACAACAUGAAACAAUGAAAGGAAUGUUGUGCUUGACAAGACAGCAGUUCUGCUGUCAAAUUGGUCAAAUAUGUUCAAUAGUGCUUUGGCUAGACAUCUAUUUAGUUUGACUGAAUUUACCCCUGUCUUCUAACAAAGGGACUGGAUGGAUAUUCUCUUGCGAAGUUGUCAUGUGGUACAGUAAAUUGAUGGUUGUAUGAGUUUGAAGCCCAAUUACUAUAUUCUGCUUAAACAAUUGAAUAUAACCAAUAAUUGUUCAGAGGUCUAACAUAUAAUAUGCACACACACGCACACACACACACACACACAUAUAUAUGUAGGAGAUUAAUAGCUAGCAGCACUAUAGGUUAAGGGGAAUGAAGCCAGCCCAUAUUUAUAAAGAAGCCCACAUUUUAAAACCUUGGACUGUUCCAUAGUGUAAUAGAUUUAAAAUGACAUUUCAUUUUAUAAGUACAGCAAUUAUAAACUAUUCACGUUUAGUUUUUUGUCAUUUUGUAAAAUAGUUUUCCUUUGUAAAUAAAAACAUCAGUAUGCAUUUGUUAAAUAAAAAUACUGUUUUGUGCUAAAUGUACUGUAGGUAUCAUAAUUAAUAUUUGCUACUUCACAUUUCAAUUAUUCAAUAUUUAUUCAGGAGAGGACAGAUAAUAUCUUUGUGUUACGUCUCAAAGUUUGACCAGACAUGUUUAAUAUGAAACAUUUGCUGUAAAAACUGGAUAUUUUACAAAAGAUGCUGUGCAUAAUUUAGUUGAUGAUGUUUGAUACACAUACUGCUUUUAUGGGAACAUUCUUCUCAAGCCCAGAGACACAUUUUACACUAAACCCACACAUUAUGUUGUAAUUUGACCUUUUCUUCAGUUUCUGUGUAAUGGUUCCAAUAAACAAAAAUAUGAAGUC